UCUACAGUAACUUCUCCUCAUUUCUAACUCUGGUGCUGGAGAUGAAUUCGCACCACAGAUGAUGCAAAAUGGGGCCCUAUUUAUAGCCCAUUCCAACCGACCCCCAUCUUUGCCUUCAAUGUCACCUUUUUGCACGCGACAGGGUGAAUGUAAAUCUGGUCUUGAGCCGCCGCUCCCACAGCGCAGCACCCAGCAGCUUCAUCUGUAAUAACAUUAGAAUUGUCUUUUAAUCAGAGGCGUCUUCCUAAUCUUAGCUGCCGAAGCCCCAUCUGGCAGGGAAGUGAAGUGUGUGUGUGUGGGCGUGCCUAUGGGGGGAGGGGGUUAUUGCACGCAUUGCAUGGUGGGAAAUGGUGUUCUGACCAACUGCCCUGCCAUUUAACACCUCUUUCUUUUGUGAGUCUUGUGUGUUUGAUUGUUUUUGUUCUGCUGGCGUGUAAUCUUUCCUUCGGUGUGACUCUGCGUGGUGAUGAAGGCCCCCUGUGUGUGUGUGUGUGUGUGUCUGUGUGUGUGUGUGUUAAAGUAUUAAGCAGGAGGCACUCCGUGGGAUCGGAUUCAGAUUAUGAAGGAUUUAUGAAGCCCACAACACGGCAUCUGUUGCAUCUGUCGGUACAUCCUGCAGCCGAUGACGCCAAAACAUUAAGCGUGUAUACAUGCUGCGUGUGAAUGAACAAGAUUAUCGGUGGUGUCAGUUAAUUUGCUCGCAAAAAAACUAAAUGUACCACAUGUAGACUUCGUGACUCUGAUCCCCCUCACUACACAUGUAACAGAUAUACAGCGUUGCUGCUAUCCCGUCUCAAAGUUCCCUGAAGGCCUUGCUGAGCUGAAUCUAGUUAUGACGGCUGGAUAAGCACUUCAGAACAAUGUGUCUCUUUUUUUCCACACUUACUGACACAUACCUGCAGAUGUGAAUAUUCCUUGCUUUAAUCAGAGCAAUGACCUAAAUGGAGGCUUGAGAGUGUCGUUCAAAUAAUGAUGUCAAUCAAUGAAGUGUCCCACUUCACUAAUACAUUUCCCAAACCGCUCCACCAGGAUCUCGCUUGUUUCUGUUUAUUGUGAUCGAAAGGGCUUCGAUCAGCAGCGUUUGUUUUUAAAUGUUUGAAACAUUUUGAUUAUUGGCGACUCUCAAAUGGCGUUUGAUAUGAAAGAUCUGGUAUAUGUUAAAAACACGUAACCCUCUCCUGCCCCCUUUUUGUUUUUGCUCCAUCUUUUCUUCAGCUGUCCUUUAAAAUAUUCCUCCGGUUCUUUCCAUUUGAAAUGACGGCGUUCUUCUGUUUUUUUUCCUCUUCUUCUCCACAGUUGGAACCCAACAACAACAUCGUUGCAUAUUCACGACGACAAAGGACAGCCUGCGCCCGGCUUCCCCGCCUUCAAGGUCGGGGCUCACCUGGUGCAGCCAUGCAUCUGGAGGUGAAGGUCGCCCUCAACUUCAUCGUGUCCUACCUGUACAACAAGCUGCCUCGGCGCCGAGCGGACCUGUUUGGCGAGGAGCUGGAGAGGAUACUGAUGUCUCGUUUUGAGGGCCACUGGUACCCCGAAGCGCCUCUCAGGGGCUCCGCCUUCCGCUGCAUUCACCUGGGAGCCCCGAGGGACCCCGUGGUGGAGUUGGCCGCCAAGAGGAGCGGACUGGACACGGAGGAAGUGUGCGCCAAUGUUCCCGCAGAGCUCAGCGUGUGGAUCGACCCGUACGAGGUGUCCUACCAGAUCGGGGAGAAAGGGUCCGUGAAGGUUCUCUACCUGGAGGACCCCCCGGGCCUCGACGGCGAGGGGCCCGAGGGGGCGAUCGGAGAGGGUCAAGGCGAAGCCGAGGCGGAGGAGGCGGCCAGGAGUCUGGGCUUCAACCCGGACGCUCAGGUGUUUGUGCCGAUUGGAAGCCAGGCGUCUCCCGCCCUCAUGCCGUCGCUGUCCAGCUCCCCCACGCCGCCGCCGGCCCAGUCCGGCCCGGGGCUCUUCGGCUACCCGAGCUCCGGCACGCCCACCGACGCCGCGGGCCAUUCUUCGAACGCCUCCACCCCGUCCCCCCCCAGCGGGGGGCUGCCCUACCUCUCCGCCCAGCAGCCGCCGCCCGCCGCUCUUCCCGCCGCCCGUCCCCAGCCCAUCACGUUCACCACCGCCAGCUUCGCCGCCACUAAAUUUGGCUCGACCAAGAUGAAGAAGUGCAGCGGGGCCGGGCCGGCGGCGAGCGCCGGCGCCGCCAUCGUACCGCCCGCCCAGAGGAUGCUCGCCCGCUCUCCGACCGCCGCCGCCGCGCCGGAGCUGCUCAAGCACAAACCGCUGUCGCUCUCCUUGCACUCCCUCGGCGGUCCCGUCGCCAGCCAGCUCUCCCCCAACGCCAAAGAGUUUGUCUACCCAGGAUCCCCGGGCCCCCUCUACUUCGACGCCGACGCCCAGCCCAUGCAGCCGCUCGCCAGCCCGUUCCAACCGCCCCACGGUCUGGACACCCAUCCCUCCUUUGACCCGUUCUCCAGCCCCCCCCCUGCCCCGAGUGUGGGCGUCAUCGGCGGCGGAGGAAUCCCCUACAUGGAGAAGCCGCCAUUUGUCGAAGGUUUAGGAAGCUACAACCUGCAGUACCCCAGCCAGUCCUUCCAGCCCGUCGUGCUGGCCAACUAGGCCUCGCUUUGUGACGGCCGAUGGCGGGGGAGGCGGGUUUGGACAAUGAUGCUCCAGAUCUUUUCAGUUUUUUCUAAGAAAGUGUUACUAAUACAAGUUUAAAACCACAAAGAUUUAAAAUACCCGUACACUGAGUAAUUAUUGUGAUUGGUUUUGUUCCUCCAUCACCCCCCCCGCCAACCCCGCCCUGUAGUCCGUUGCUGUUCCUCGUCACAGUCUGUGCGUUUGCUUUGACAGGAGUGGGUAGGAGGGGGAGGGGGGGGGGGUCCUUUCUACCGAGUCAUAGACACGCUUUUUUUGGUGUAGUAUGUCAAUGUGAGGGACUUUUUUUUUCUUUCUUUUUUUGACCCUCGACUUGUUGGUCCUCCAGUGUCGCUCCAUCUUUGCGCUGCGCUGUCACGCUGUGAGACGGGACCGUGCCGAGUCCUGCAGGGAUCGACGGCUGAGGAGGAGCUCAGCACUUUGCUCUGCAAUCUGCUCUGCCCGACUUGCCACAAAUACAGGGGGGCUUUGCUCCGUGUGUGUGUGUGUGUGUGUGUCGUCGUGCUCUGUUUUGUUGUGGCUCGGCGUGAUGGAGCGACCCGUUGUUUGUACGGUGGGCCCGCACGCACAUUUUGACACUGUUGUUGUUGUCGUCGUGGGGCGUUUAUCGUCAGCUGGAAUGAGAACAUGACACGAGUUUAAACGAAGUGAGAGCAGUGGGGGGGGGGUUGUAUCUGUUGGCUGCAGCCGAAGGUCAGGGAGACCUUGGUGAAAGUGGGAAGACGAGUAAAUAUUUGUAUUUUAGGAUGGCGACGAUGUGCUGAUACCUCAAUCACACAGACUGGGAUGAAAGUUAUGGUUUCAAACAUGCAUUGAAAUACACACACACCCACACACACACACACGUACACACAUGUGUGUGUUUGUUUUGCAGCAAUAGGGAUUGUGAUCAAUGGCUUAGCAUAACUUUGACUGAAGGAGAGGUUUUCCGCUGCAGGAGUGGGAGAGGGGGAGAGGGGGAGAGGGACUUGAGGGUUCUGUCGGCUCGGAGCGGCACUUUGAAACCCAGAACACGUUUCUGGUGAGCUUGAAUUGUGUUGAAGCUAAAGGCUCACACUCUUCUCUCCCUCCUCUCGGGAUUCUUCUGUGGCCAUCGACGAUGGGGAACCAGAACCGUACGGUUCAGGUUGCGCCACACACACACACACACACACACACACACACACCUCCCUCCUCCCAGUUAUGUGAACAAAGACGUGAAUGUUUCUUCACUGCUCCGCCGUUGCUUUUUGUCGCUCUACCCGAUGGCUCGUCCGAUCUCUGGAAGGCCGCCGUUUCUGACGGCGGUUUGUUUACCAGCCGUGUCCACGUGAUUGUCGGUGAGUCACUGCAGGGAAGUGUAACUCUCAGAUGUCCAUUUUGAGCCGUCCAGCACUUUAUUACUGGGCUCCCCGAGGCGCCGCGAGCACAUUUACACCGUUUUCCCCUUUUGCCCUCUGUUUUGAAACUGGAACAUCUCAUGAAACGCUUCAGAGAUUGGAACGGGAGCUUAAUUUGUAUUUCAAGUGCAUCCCGCCUGUGAGGAGGUGCAGUGAGUCUCGUCGGUUCACUUGAAUGUUUUCAAGUCGCUGUUGUAUACGAUGACCCACAAGGACCCUUGACUUGUGCGCACGCUGGUUUUUGCAAUGUGACAUCUUCUCAUAUGCAUGAACAUUUAUUUGGGUGGUUUUGUUCUCCAAGGGGGAGUGGGUGCAGAGGUACACCGCAUGAGGGGAAAGAUUUAUAGUUUUAUGUUUUGCAAUUUAUUUCUGAUUUUGUUUUUUUGCAAAAAUGCUGACUUAACAUUUGUAUGAGUAAGACGUGACAAGUCCAGGAAUAUGUGUAUAUACAAAGUUCUUAAGUUUGGAUUCUUUGUUUAGUUUCUUACAUGCGGAGGUUAUUUUUCCAGUAAAUAACGUGAAUAUAUAUGCAAACAGACGAAAAUAAAGAUGUACAGAAUAAAGUAUUGAAUGUGUAUUGUACCUUGUGCAGCAUUUGUCUAAUAAGACGGGUAAAUGUAUUCGUUCUUCAAGUUGGAUUUGAAGCUUAAGAUGUGAAUGUUUACAGUGGGGUCGUGUACGACGGGAUGGCUGAUAUCACUUUUUAGUUCUUCUUCUGCUCCCGGGGCGGCCGGGCGACACUACUCCUACCGGUAGUACAUUUAAACCAAAAAUCUUUUUCAGUGCAAUGUCCAUUUAACCCUUUUUUUAAUUUCUUUUUUUUAAUGUGAAUGCGCUGCAUAUUGUGGUCAACCACUUAUAUAUAUAUUUGUUUUCCCCCCUGAAUAAUUGUCCAUCACUGGGUCGUGUUUUCUUUUUAGGGAGGGUUUAAAAAACUAUUUCACACCAACGAUACUGAAUAACUCUCCCGUUUUCAUCUGGGCUACUAAAGUAGAAACCCGGCUGUAUUUGGCCCCCCUCAUAUUGCGUAGCCCCCCUCGUUGUUUUGUGAGUGGGGUCUCUUCUCCCACGAGCCUGGGCCCUUUGGCCCUGACACUACAGCCAUAUCCCAGACUCACCCCUCUCCAGUGCAAUGUAAUGCCAUAAUUUAAAUUACCCUGAAGGAUUCAAGGGGUUUCUACCUCUCUGCACUUGGGAAUAAUAAUUUAAAAAAUGUAUGAACUAAAAUUAAUCCAGUAUAUAUCUCUUUUAGGACGACAGUGUUACAGCAGGUUCAGAAGGAUGAAGGAAAUGAAUGUGCUGUAAAUGUGAUCUGUUACUCAACCCUGGUUGAGAUGGCCUGCGGGGGAAAAAUGAGGAAACUGCUACUCCUCUUUUGUGGAUUUAACGAGAAUUUUUGCAUGACACGAAAAGUCACAAGUUACGACUUUUCUUUCUUUUGUUCCAUAUUUCUCAGAUUAGUGGGUUGUUGAAUCUGAGGACGUGAGUGAUGGCUGUAAAAGCCGUUUGGCCCCGGCAUCUUUAAGAGUGAACGCUGGUUUGUUUUACACUUGAAAAGAACACUUUAGCCGUGGGUUUAUUUUUAAUUUUUUUGUAAAUGCGCCGCAAAUUUCUUUAAAAAACGCAGGCCAUCCCACGAUCAGGGUUGAACAUCAAUGAAGAAGAAUUUUGUAUUCCGAUGUCCUUUUGCUUAUAUCGACGUGUGCGUUUUAUUUUGCACUUUGGAAUAUUUCAUUGUCAUAAAAGAAGUUUAUUUUCUAUGUCAAAGUUUAACAUUUAAGAUUAAUAUAGAUAUAAUUAAAAGUUCAAAUGUAUAAAUAUAGUGCUUUCUUUUCCUGCCUGUAUUUUAUUAUUUUUCCUAUUUUGUAUCUGAUCUGUACACCCUGUAGAUGUGUAAUGAAUCUUUUCACGACUGAAAUGCAAUGACCUGUUUUCUGUGCUGCCUCUUCCCCCUCCCUCCCCACCCCACCCCAGGGAAUGGGGAGUUACUACUGCAGUUUCUUAUUGUAUCGGAUUCUUUUUUUAAGUUUUGUAAUAAAAAGAAAACAGAUUGGCAAAAAGAA